AUGUUUUUCAAACAGCAAGCAGUGUUCAGUGCUAUUAGAACAUUUUCAACGAUGAUCAGUUCAGCCAUGCCAGGAAGAAAAUUAUUGGAAACAUCUCCCAACUAUGUUAUCAAAAAAGGUGUUGCUACUAGAUUUCAACAGCUGCCCCAACCCAAGGAUAAGGUACAAGCCAUGUACGUAUGGAUCGACGGAACCGGACAAGAUCUUAGAGCAAAAUCCAGAACACUAGACUUUAUACCUACAAAACCGGAAGAACUCCCAGUGUGGAUGUACGAUGGAAGCUCUACGUACCAAUCUCAAGGGGAAAACUCAGAUACAUAUUUGUGUCCAGUGGCCAUGUUUAACGACCCGUUCAGGUUGGCACCGAACAAACUCGUCAUGUGCGAAACUUACAAACACGAUCAAACUCCAGCUGAUACAAAUCACCGUAAAGCUGCUUUGGAGGCCAUGACUAAAGCUGCCAAUCAAAAACCGUGGUUUGGUAUCGAACAAGAAUACACGUUACUCGACACUGACGGCCAACCAUUCGGAUGGCCAAAGACUGGAUACCCAGGUCCUCAGGGUCCGUACUAUUGCGGUGUCGGCGCUGAUAAAGUGUACGGACGUGACAUAGUGGAGGGUCAUUAUCGUGCAUGUCUGUACGCCGGAAUCAACAUAACUGGAGAGAAUGCCGAAGUUAUGCCAGCUCAGUGGGAAUUUCAAGUUGGACCAGUUGAAGGUAUUAGCAUCGGUGAUCAUUUAUGGAUGGCUCGUUUCAUAUUACACCGUAUUGCCGAAGAGUUUGGCAUUGUGGUGACACUUGAUCCAAAACCAAUUCCGGGAGAUUGGAAUGGUGCUGGCGCCCAUUGCAAUUUUUCAACUCAAGCUAUGAGAGGAAACAACGGAAUAUGUGAAAUCGAAAAGGCUAUUGAAAAAUUAUCCAAACAACAUAUGAGACAUAUUAAGGCAUACGAUCCCCACGGAGGCAAAGAUAAUGAACGUCGUUUGACUGGAAAACACGAAACUUCGUCCAUUCAAAAUUUCUCAUCUGGCGUGGCCAACCGUGGGACCAGUAUUCGUAUUCCUCGUGGUGUUGCCGAAGAGAAGAAGGGUUACUUAGAAGAUCGUAGACCAGCUGCCAAUUGCGACCCAUACCAAGUGACCGAAGCCAUUGUACGCACCGUGUGCCUAAAUGAAUAA